UGCUCUGCACAUAGUAAGUGCUUAACAAAUACCGACAUUAUUAUUAGAGGUUUUUGAGGUUCAGUCAAACAGUGGUGUCUAUGGAGCCCGUUGCCCUCUGCUCCCUCUUCCCCUUGUUUGACCUGGGAUCUAUCCGUCUCAUCCACCAUGAUGGAAGACGACGGGCAGCCCGGGACCCUCCAUGUAAGCCAUUUCUUCAGGUUUACAGAAGUCCAUAAACUACAAUUAUUCAGCCAAAGUGGACCAUGCAAAAGCUGCAAAAUGAUUACAGAGCAACCCUCUAAGAGAAGGGUCAACUUCUCUGUUGGAUUUUCUGUUUCGCAGCGUACAAGCAAUGACCCGAUUUGCUUUGUGGAAUGUGAAGCCCGGGAUGCAGCUGCUGUGAAUGGGAGGAAAAUUUGGGGAAAGGAGGUCAAAGUAAUUGGGCAACCAUACCAAAUAGCCAGAAAAAAAGACACAGCUAAUCACUUCCAUAUAUUUGCUGGGGAUUUAAGUCCAGAAAUAACAACAGAAGAUAUCGAGUCAGCAUUUACUCCUUUUGGUAAAGAUAUCAGAUGCUCCUAUAAAGAUAGGGCAGCUAGGAAAUCAGAAGGAUGUGGGUUGGUGUCAGUUUACAACAAACUGGAUGCAGAAAAUGCAAUUGCGCAUAUGGGAGGUCAGUUGUUGGGAGGUUGUCAGAUAAGAACCAGCUGGGCCCCGCAUAAACUGCUUGCUCUUAAACACACAAAAGAGACUUCCCAGAGAUUUUUAUGUCAAGGGGUUUGAAAUCGCCAUAUAUUAACAUAUGUCUCCCCCUCUAGACUGUGAAUUUAUGACAGGUAUGGCUGUUUGCCAACCCAUUUGUAUUGUACUCUCCCAAGCACUUAAUAGUAAAUGCUCCAUCAAUACAAUUAGUUGAUUAAACCCUUAUUGCCUGCAGAGCACUCACUGUACUAAGCUG